AUGGCCGCCAAGGACAACCCGUGCAGGAAGUUCCAGGCCAACAUCUUCAACAAGAGCAAGUGCCAGAACUGCUUCAAGCCCCGCGAGUCCCACCUGCUCAACGACGAGGACCUCAACCAGGCCAAACCCAUUUAUGGCGGCUGGCUGCUGCUGGCCCCCGAAGGAACGGACUUUGACAACCCCGUCCACCGCUCCCGGAAAUGGCAGCGCCGCUUCUUCAUCCUCUACGAGCACGGGCUGCUGCGCUACGCCCUCGACGAGAUGCCCACGACCCUCCCGCAGGGCACCAUCAACAUGAACCAGUGCACGGACGUGGUGGACGGGGAGAGCCGGACGGGGCAGAAAUUCUCUUUGUGCAUCCUGACGCCGGAGAAGGAGCACUUCAUCCGGGCUGAGAACAAGGAGAUCAUCAGCGGGUGGCUGGAGAUGCUGAUAGUGUACCCCAGGACGAACAAGCAGAACCAGAAGAAGAAGAGGAAGGUAGAGCCCCCAACUCCUCAGGAGCCCGGUCCUGCUAAGAUGGCCGUGACCAGCAGCAGCAUCCCCAGCGCGGAGAAGGUCCCUGCCACCAAGUCCACGCUUUGGCAGGAAGAAAUGAGGGGCAAAGACCAAGCGGACGGGGGCAGCGGCAUCAGCCCGGCGCAGAGCCCGGUGCAAGGGCAGGCGGGGGCUGCCAGCUCCCUGAAGGAUCCCGUGUUGGACAGCAAAGAAGAUGAGAGCUCCAUGAACGGAGACCGGAUAGACUGUGGGCGGAAGACACGUGUCGAGAGCGGUUACUUCUCCUUGGAGAAGACCAAGCAAGACUCGAAGCUGGAAGAGCAGCAGCUGCCGCCCCCACCGAGCCCUCCCAGCCCCAGCACCCCGAACAACAGGUACAGUUAUCCCAAAUCGCCCUCGCAGGAGCAUGCCCAGCCCUUUCCUUCCCCAGGUACCCGAUCAGGCGACCGAAUGAUUCACAGCUUCUCUCUGAACUCCUUGGACUCGAAGAGCAGUUGCCCCAUGCACAAGGACUCCAGCAGCAGAGAUGUAGGAAGGGGAGCUGAAAAAUCGGGGCGUCCCCUUUCUUUUAAAGCCAGCCGGCAGUACACCACCCUGGCCGACGUUCCCAAGGCCAUUAGGAUCAGUAAUCGUGAGGCCUUCCAGGUGGAGAGGAAGCGGCUAGAGCGGAGAACCCGGGCGCGUAGCCCUGGGAGAGAAGAAGUGGCCCGGCUCUUUGGCAAUGAGCGAAGGCGAUCCCAAGUAAUUGAAAAAUUCGAGGCGCUGGAUAUCGAGAACGCAGAGCACAUGGAGACGAACGUGUCGGCAGGAGCUGCCCUUUCCAGCGAGACGCGGCAGGGCAGGAGUGAGAAGAGGGUCUUCCCACGGAAACGGGACUUCACGUGCGAAGGGGCGGCUGUGGGCUCCAUCCUGGACGUGUCUGCAUCUCCGCUGUCCCCGCACCGCCGGGCGAAGUCGCUGGACAGAAGGUCCACGGAGUCCUCCAUGACGCCCGACCUGCUGAACUUCAAGAAGGGCUGGCUGACGAAGCAGUACGAGGACGGGCAGUGGAAGAAGCACUGGUUUGUGCUGACUGACCAGAGCCUGAGAUACUACCGGGAUUCGGUGGCGGAGGAGGCAGCUGACCUGGAUGGAGAAAUCGAUUUAUCCACGUGCUACGAUGUCACCGAGUACCCAGUCCAGCGAAACUACGGCUUCCAGAUCCAUACGAAGGAAGGGGAGUUCACCCUCUCUGCCAUGACGUCUGGCAUCCGCCGCAAUUGGAUUCAGACCAUCAUGAAGCACGUUCGCCCGACCACUGCCCCCGACGUAACAAGCUCCCUGCCGGAAGAGAAAAGCAAAACGAGCUCUUCCUUUGAGACCAGCCCAAAGCCCAGCGAGAAGCCAGACGCGGAGCAAGCAGAGCUGGACCCGGAGCAGAAGCGGAGCCGUGCCCGAGAGCGCCGACGAGAAGGACGUUCCAAGACCUUCGACUGGGCUGAGUUUCGCCCCAUCCAGCAAGCCCUUGCCCAGGAGCGUGCGAACGCCGCAGACGCCUCCAAGAGCGGCACCGCCGCCUUCCCCAGGGACACCGGCACCGCCGACGCCGACCCGGGAGAGCUGGAGCGGGAGCGGGCCCGGCGGCGUGAGGAGCGGCGCAAGCGCUUUGAGAUGAUCGACGCCGUGGACGGGGCAGGGCCGGAGGAAGCACUGAGGAUGGAGGUGGACCGGAUCCUGCCCGUCCCGGCGGACAUCAAACCGCAGAACGUCCACGUGGAGAUCGAGCAGCGGUGGCACCAGGUGGAGACCACCCCACUGCGGGAGGAGAAGCAGAUCCCCAUCGCGCCCCUGCACCUCGCCCACGCCGAGGACCGGGACGAGGGGCUGGCGAAGCAGCACUUGACCACGCUGUUGGAGAAGGAGCUGGAGCAGAAGCAAAAGGAGGCCCUGGAGCUCCUGGAACAGAACCGGCACCUGCAGGACCAGCUGAAAGUGGCGCUGGGCCGGGAGCAGAGUGCCCGGGAGGGCUACGUGUUGCAGACCGAGGUGGCCGCCUCGCCAUCAGGUGCCUGGCAGAGGCUCCACAAAGUCAACCAAGACCUCCAAAGCGAGCUGGAAGCCCAGUGCCGGCGUCAAGAGCUGAUCAAUCAGCAGAUUCAGUCGCUGAAACGCAGCUACGCCGAGGCUAAGGACGUGAUCCGGCACCACGAAGCUGAGAUUCAGAGCCUGCAGGCGAGGCUCAGCAACGCGGCCGCCGAGCUCUCCAUCAAGGAGCAGACCCUGGCCAAGCUCAAGAGCGACCUGAGGAGCGAGAAGGAGAAAGCCAAGGAGCAGCUGGAGGAGUGGCAGCACGGCGAGGCCGCGCUCAGCUCCCAGCUGAAGGCCAGCGAGCAGAAGCUGAAGAACGCGGAGGCUCUGCUCCUCGAGAAGACCCAGGAGCUGCGGGACCUGGAAAUGCAGCAGGCUUUGCAGAGGGACCAUCAGAAGGAGGUGCAGCGCCUCCAGGACAGGAUCGCUGAGCUGAGCCGGCAGCUGAACGCUAGCGAGCAAACGCGGAUCCUCAUGGAGGAGAAGCUGCAGAAGAAUUACGAGGCUUUGCUGGAGAGCUGUGAGAGGGAAAAGCAGGUUUUAUUACACAGUCUGAAGGAGGUGGAGGAUAAGGCCAACGAGUACGAGAAUCAGCUGCAAAACAACGAGCAGCAAAUGGAGAUUCUGCAGAAGGAGAAGCUGAGCGCCAAGUUCGAAGGCAGCGAGCUUGUCCACCAGCUGGAGGAGCAGCUGGUGAUGAAGGAGGCCAGCAUCCAGAAACUCGCCGAGCACAUUGAGGAGCUUGAAAGGGAGAGAGAUCAAAUCAAAUGUCGGUUCCACGAGCUCAUGAACCAGGUUGCCGAGUCAGAUAACGAAGUUGCAAAGCUGCAAGCAAAGUUGAAGAUGGAAGAGACCAACUACCACAAUCUGGAGCAGUCGUUUGAGGAGGUGUCGGAUCAGUUCCAGGGUGUGCAGAAGGUGCUGAAAGAAAAAGAAGAGGAGCUGAGACACGUUAAGGAAAUGCACUUGAGAAUUGUGGAGAAGAAAGAUCAAGAUCUCAGCGAGGCUUUGGUUAAAAUGAUUGCUCUGGAUAGCAAUUUAGAGGAGACUAAAGUAAAGCUGAAGGCCAAGGAGGAGGCUUUAAGGAAAUUAGCUAGCAUAGGCACAGGUCCAUGUGCUGAGGAGACAGAAGAUGUUGGCCCCAAUCUCGAGGCUGAUGAAAGUCAUCCAUCUCAGCUGGGGCAGCCUCUGCAAACUCACGAUGUCGUCCCAGCUCUGAGUUACGCACUGAAGGAGGAGGAGGAGGAAGUCCUUGAGACCAGCCAGAGGCAAGCAGAGGAGUUUGGCUCCCCGUCCAAAGCUGCAGAGCUCCAGGACCAAGAGUUGGUUCAGAAAGCCUUAGCAAAGCCUGAUGUAGGAAUCAUGGGGGCCAAGAGGCAAAGAAUCCGUUUCUCGAGCAUCCAGUGCCAAAAAUAUAUCCACCCGGAUGGGUCAGAGAAGAACUGGACAAGCAGCACCUCUUCAGACACGAGCCAAGACAGGUCGCUGUCUGAAGAAAGCAUGUCCUCGGAGCCCGCUCUCGGUUACCCAUCGUCAGGGGCCAGCGACUCCGAGACCUACCUCUCGAUCAUCCAUUCUCUGGAAACCAAGCUAUAUAUCACAGAGGAGAAACUCAAAGAUGUAACCAUGAAGCUUGAAAGCCAGCACGGCCAUAAUCAGGAGACGCUCAUCGCCCUUCACCACCAGUGGGCCAGCACGGAGUCCCAGCUGCGGGAACAGCUUCAGAGCAGCUUGUCCCAAGUCAGUGCUCUGAUCUCACAGCUGGAGAGCGAGAGGCAGGAGAAGUUCAAGCUCAUAGAAAAUCAUGUGAGCGAGCUGGGAGGCUUCCAGAUGAAAAACGAUCAAGCGCUGACUUGCUUAGAGAAGUGCAGGGAGCAACUAAGAGCUUUGCCUAAGUCAGAUGAGGAAAAAGAGGGCGAUUUGUUCCUUGUUACUCUGUCUGGCCUGGAAACGACCUUAUCGAGUGCAAUCCAAGCCUUGAGAGGGGCGCCAGGCCCGUCUGAGUAUCAGCAGGGUGAGGGCCUUAUCGCGGAAACCCCUGCUUCAGAGGGAGGGCUUCUGAGUGAAGAGGAGCACGUCCCCAAGGAGCAGCGAGCUGAAACGUUCGACGUGGGCCAGCUGAGAUGGCUUUCUGAGAGAGUGGCGUUCGAGGCCUCUCUAAUCAACCAAAUAGCAGAGUCCUUGCAAAGUGCAGGCUCUGAGAUAUCUCAGCUGCUCAGAGAGAUCCAAGGGACAGCUGAGGUGGCUUUGAUAGAGCCGGCAAAUGUUUCUCCUACAGCAGUUGACUUGGCUGGUGUCCUGUCUAACAAGCUGCUGCUGGAAGGGGAGUUUUGGAGCCAGGUGGAGGAGCUGAGAGUGCACUUGAGCACCAGGGAAGGAGAAGCAGAGAGCAAAACAGAAACGGCAGGUUUGGGUUUUUCUCCAUGUUUUCUCAGUGCUGUAGCAGAUGCUACAUUGAUCAAGGCAGAACUUGGGUUUGUGGCACAGAAAAUGAGGGAAUCUUUCCAUCGGAGAUUAAAAACAAUUGAAGAGGACCUCCAUAAUACCAAAACAGCUCUCCAGCAGCAUAAAUGCAUGCUGGAGGAAAUCAUCAAAGCAUACAGGACUCCUGAUUUUGACAGAGUUAUGCACCAGAUUUCUGAAGCACUUGAAAUUCAGAAAGAUGCUUCAGAAAGAACACAGAUCUCCUGGGACGGGAGCUGUCUCCAAAUGGUGCCGUACCAGGAAUCGGCCAAGGUGGGGGAGGUCUGCAGCCUGCCAGGCCGCAGUAGCGAAGCUCUUGUUUCCAUCCAGGAAGAUCUUGCCCAACAGCUAAAGGACAAAUCAAACGUUCUUAAGGAAAUAUCCGUUGCCUUACUGUCUCUGCCUCCUGAGGAGGCCAUGAGAGAUUGCCAGAAGAUCCUGAAGAUAUCUCAGAGUCUUUCGUAUCACUCGUGCAUGGGAGACCUGGAGCGGUAUUCCUCUUUGUUAGUCCAAGAUGCAAUUGUUCAGGCUCAGGUUUGUUAUGCUGCUUGCAAAGUCCGACUGGAGUACGAGAGAGAGCUCAAGUCAUACAAGGAGUCCUUGCAGAGCAUGGACGCACUCUGCCAGGAGCGCGUGAAGACGGUCUCUCUGCUCCGGGACGAGUACGAAGACUUGCUGCGAAAGCAGCAGGGGGAGUACGGCGAGGUGAUAGCCAUGCUCGAGCGGGAGAACGCCGAUCUCAAAGCAAAGGUCUCCCAGCUGGACGGUCAGCGAAGGCUUUUGGAAGAGGAAGAGCGCAAGCACAGCAAAAGCUUGAGCGAGUUACAGGGCCGGUAUGAGGAGGAGAUUCGAAAUGUGAUCGAGCAGCUGAACAGGACAGAGGAUGCCCUGAAGGCCGAGAGGACGGAGGGCCUCAGCCAGCUGGACGCCAUCGUCCGCGACAAGCAGAACAUGGAGCGGUACCACCUGGAGCAGAUGCAGCUGCUGGAGGACAAGUUCCAGGCCAAGAUCAAGGAGCUGCAGGUCAUCCACGGCCAGGAGCUGCAGGCGCUGCAGGAGCACUACAGCCAGAACCUGCAGCGCCUGCAGGAGACCCUCGACGAGUACCAGCGGCAGCACCCGGAGGUGUCCCCUGCGGCAGGACCGGGCGGUGGGGACCCCUGGGUGGCGGGGGAGCCGGGCAGCGCCGGGCAGGGCCCCAGCAGUGACCUGGACUCCAUGCACGGCCUGAGGGAGCGCAUCCAGGAGCUGGAGGCCCAGAUGAACGUGAUGAGGGACGAGCUGGAGAACAAGCACCUGGAGGGCAGCGCUUCCACGCUGAGGGAGAAAUACCAGAAAGACUUUGAAAACCUAAAGGCAACAUGUGAAAGGGGCUUUGCAGCCAUGGAGGAGACGCACCAGAAGAAGAUCGAGGACCUGCAGCGGCAGCACCAGCGGGAGCUGGAGAAGCUGCGGGAGGAGAAGGACCGCCUGCUGGCAGAGGAAACGGCUGCCACCAUCUCAGCCAUCGAAGCCAUGAAGAACGCACACCGGGAGGAGCUGGAGCGAGAGCUGGAGAAGUCGCAGCGCUCCCAGAUCAGCAGCGUCAAUGCCGACAUCGAGGCCCUCCGGAGGCAAUACCUGGAGGAGCUGCAGUCGGUGCAGCGGGAGCUGGAGGUGCUUUCGGAGCAGUAUUCGCAGAAGUGCUUGGAGAACGCCCACCUGGCGCAGGCGCUGGAGGCUGAGAGGCAGGCCCUCCGCCAGUGCCAGCGGGAGAACCAGGAGCUCAACGCCCACAACCAGGAGCUGAAUAACCGCCUGGCUGCGGAGAUCACGCGGUUGCGGACCUUGCUGACCGGGGAGGGUGGAGGAGAGGCUGCUGGGUCGCCUCUCACCCAGGGCAAGGACGCCUACGAGCUAGAGGUCCUGCUGCGGGUCAAAGAGUCGGAAAUCCAGUACCUGAAGCAGGAGAUCAGCUCUCUCAAAGACGAGCUGCAGACAGCACUGAGGGAUAAGAAAUACGCCAGCGACAAGUACAAAGACAUCUACACAGAGCUGAGCAUUGUGAAGGCCAAGGCAGACUGUGAUAUCAGCAGGUUGAAAGAGCAGCUGAAAGCAGCCACAGAAGCUCAGGGAGAGAAAUCCCCUGUGAACACCACUGUAUCAGGAUAUGAUAUUAUGAAAUCAAAAAGCAACCCUGAUUUCUUGAAGAAAGACAGAUCCAGUGUUAGCCGGCAACUAAGGAAUAUCAGGUCAAAGAGCCUGAAGGAAGGCCUGACCGUGCAAGAACGCCUGAAGCUUUUUGAAUCCAGGGACUUGAAGAAAGACUAGCUCUCCCCGCUCCGCUUCACCACGCGCGCACCUCCCGGCUUGAGGCAGCACAGCACCAGCACCGUUUGUCUCUCGUUGCUCACGACCGUCCUCGCUGUCGUUCGGCCCGACGCUUCCCGAUGGCUCCGGGCGCCGCGGCGGGCCCCCCCGCCGCCCCCUUGCCUCCGCAGCUCCUUUCCCCGCUUGUGAGACGCUUCUGAGACUGAGAGGGAGAGGAAGGGAUUGGGGUGUGUUUUUUUUUUUUUCGUUUUUUUUUUUUUUCCCCCUCUUCGGCGCUUUGUAGGAGAAUCCUUCCUUUACUGUAAACCAUUACACUAAGUGUCAGUAUUAAGGCUCAGUAGCCUGUGAAUAAGCUAGCUCCGUCGUACCAACGUCUUGGUAUGCGCGCAGGGCAGGGUGGCACGGGCCAGCCCGCGCUCUUACUGCUGUCAAGAGACCCAGUGCUCAGAGCACACCGGGAGCCUAAUCAGCCGUUGAUCUCGACUGCAUCACUUGCACCUACAAGGGGGUGUGGGGGGGAAGCCUGUGGGACGCCGCCGGGGGGGCACGAGCGGCCUGCAGGAGCCAUGCUGACGCCAGGCCGGGAGAGGAUGGAGAAGUGACUCCUGCCCCCGGCCGUGCCGUGACGGCGGCGAUGCCGGAGCCCGGCGAGCUGCGGUGCCUCGGCAGGUGGUUUUGGGUAGGGAGCUGCUCACGGACACCGUGACGGCGGCCCCUCGGCCUCGGCCCCCCCCUCGCCGGUGGCGCGCGGUGGGAGGGAGGCGUUCCUGGGGCUGAGCCGCGAGAUCACUUUCUUGCCUCCCCUCGAUCAAGCCCAGCACUCUCUGUUUUUUGCUGUUACUCCCUUCCUCUCGUUGAGUCCCGUGUAUCCUAGGGUCUGUGCGCAUGUGAAACUCCCUUUUCCAAGUCAAAGGAAAGUAGAGUAGAAAGUAGAGCCAAUAUUGACUGAAAAUGCACAGUGCUCAAUGCAUAUAAUGCUCCUUUUUUAUCGGCUUCUUGAAUUCAACUCUUCUUGUCAGCAGGGCAGCUCCUAUUUUAAUUCCUUAAUCUUUUCCUGAAAUAAAAAUCUCAAAACCA